ACUGACCGCGCUGAGUCAGUCAGCUUGACGUUUCGAUCGAAGGCGAGUAACGAUCGAGAAACAGAAAGAGAAAUAAAGGAGAGGAGAGAAGGAAGAAGAGAUAAUCGUAUCUUACCUUUACCUUACUUUAUUCGCCAAAAUGAAUAGACUUUUUGGUCGACCUAAAGCGAAAGAACCACCGCCGAGUCUCACCGACUGUAUUGCCGGGGUCGACAGCAGGGCGGAUACUGCGGAGAAGAAGAUAGCAAAAUUGGACGCGGAAUUGAAGAAAUACAAAGAUCAAAUGGUUAAAAUGAGAGAAGGACCCGCGAAGAAUGCGGUUAAGGCUAAGGCAUUACGCAUCCUGAAACAGCGUAAGAUGUAUGAAACACAGGUGGACAACUUGCGUCAACAGGCCUUUAACAUGGAACAGGCAAAUUAUACUACUCAAACGCUAAAAGAUACUCAGGCAACUGUAGUUGCCAUGAAAGAAGGAGUUAAACAAAUGCAGAAAGAGUUUAAAAAUAUCAAUAUAGAUCAGAUCGAGGAUCUGCAAGACGACUUGUCCGAUAUGUUGGAACAAGCGGACGAAGUUCAAGAUGCGUUGGGUCGCAGUUACGGCAUGCCGGAUAUAGACGAGGAUGAACUAGCCGCCGAGUUAGAAGCUCUCGGAGACGAUUUAGCCAUCGACGAAGAUACCAGUUUCUUGGACGAUGCGAUCAAGGCACCUAGCGCUCCUGACAAAGAACCUGGCGCCAGCUCGGUCAAAAAUAAGGACGGCGUUUCGGUGGACGAAUUUGGUUUGCCACAGAUACCAGCUAGUUAAGAUGUUGUUUCGUGGAAACAUCAGUGUUGUUUCGUAUAAGUAAAUAUUAUGUAUAUGGGUAUAUCCAAAGAUGAUCGGUUCUUGAACGACUUUCGACUUUCAGAAGCUUUUGCUACGUACAUAUGUAGUACACAGACAACGUACCGAGUAUUUCGAAUUUCUCUAAAUCUAUGGAUAUAAACUCGCGCAAAUUGUAAAUUUUCGAUGAACGAAACGUAAUUUCGUUGUUGCUAAUAGAUAUGCUAUGUUAAUAUAUUUUUAUUGCUUUCUGUUCAUGUUGUUAAUGUAUAGAUCAAGUUAAAUAAAAUUGUCUAAUCUAAGAAUUUAAACGAUCUGUAACCGAGAAAUAUUUUUCUGAGUUUGGCUUUGCACUUCUGUGUACUGCAUAAUUAAGUUUGAGAUUACCUCUUUACUGUCAAUGAAAUGCGUUUCUUCAAAACCGCAUACUUGCGUGUAGUGAUACACAUGUGCCUGCAAUAUAAUCGGUAUAACUCUACAAGCUUAUUUUAUAAGUUUCGUGUUUGUAUAUACAGAGUGGACCAAUAACUUUGAGCGCCUUAAUUAUUUUCUUUUAUUUACAAAAGUUAUACGGUUGGCUAUAUUCUUUUACGAUUUCAACAAUUUAUAUUUCAGAAUCAUUUCUGAUACUGAAGGUCCACCCUGUAUAUGUAUGCGUGCCCGUUUUAACGUUACCUUCCUUCUAUACAGUCUAGUAAACUGUUCUAUUAUGUUUUUAAAUAACGAUACCAUCGAGGAAGAGUUUAAAAGACUCAACAAAGAAGUUGAGUGCCCAGCCGGAGGUACAGAACACAAACCUACUUUCAUAGCUUCGUUGCUCCACUCUGUGAACGUAACUUUCUUCCGAAAUCUGUAAAUUCAAAUAUAAUAUUGCAUAGAAUGUUUUCCAAGCGCAUAUAAAAAAGUGCAUUAUCGACAAAUUACACGAGAUAUUUACCUCUCAAUGUUUCGUUUUAAAUCGUUUACAGGGCAGUUUCCUCUAGCAAUAUGUGCAGCGCUUAAAAUCAUAGAACCUGAUUGUAGCGGGUCUAUUUUAAUCAAUUGAUUAUUUCGUGACCAUGCAUUGGUAAAUAUUUCAUCUAUUAGCCUUAAAGAACGUAUAUAGAUUACGUUUUUAUAAUCUCAUACAAUAAUAUCAUAAGCUAAUAAGUACCUUGUUUCUCGCAUACUGUACAUCGUCGGCGCUGAUAAUGCUAAUGGACUAACGCUGCUAAAUAUAUAAUGUAAUUUUGGGUACGGUACAAGAUUCGUAGCUAUUUCGUUCAUAUCCAUAUUUAAAUUGCCAGGGAACCUAGAUCCGCUAAAAAACGUGGCUAUUUUCAUAAGAUUUACUUGUUAUGAAUAAAAAUUUGUGAAAUUACUCCAAUUACCUUGUUAAAUGAAGAAGCAUAUUUGCAACAAUGCUGUUCAUAUCUUGAAAUGGUUUACACGAGAUAUUAUAGUUUAUCUGAUCUGUGUUACCUUUCAUUUUCAAUUGUGCAUUGCAUAUAUCCAAAAGGGAUUCGUUUUCAAUAGGAAAUACACAAGUUGCAUAAUCUAUAAGCUCUCGAGUUGACAACAAUACAUUAUAUGGAGCUGUAACGACAUCUUGCAUAACAAUUGGAUAUACGCAAGAUACUAGUCUGUAAUGAUAACAAUAACAACUACUAAAAUGUUAUUAAAAUAAUGCUAGUAAUAAUAAAAAUCAUAAUGAUAA